ACGUUGGAUUCAGGUCGCCGACGUCGCGACCAAAUUCCAACGUCUAACCAACGUCGGUACGACGUCAGGUGUUUACUGCAUGGAGACGGGCUCGACUUUUGAUACUAUUGGGCAAGUCAUUUAUGUAGGCGAGAAAUAGGCAGGGGCCAAGGACUGAGCCUUGGGGGACCCCUGAUAGGACAGUUUAGACAGUAUGAGCCAUACGAGUAAUUUCCCUCGACUUCAGAGUGCAAUAUUUGAACCUCUGUCCGGAGAUGGAGAGGUGGAAGUAAGCUACAAAAGCGGUGCAAGUUUUAAGGGUCAAGUUCAAGGACACAAGAAAAUAGGGCGAGGUAUUUUUACAUGGCCAAAUGGAGCAAGAUAUGAAGGAGAAUUUUUGGAUAAUAAUCGCGAAGGAUCAGGUAAGCAGUUAUGGCCAGACGGUAGUAAAUAUGAAGGUCAGUUCCACAAUGACCUACGACACGGACAGGGGGAACAUAUGUGGGCCAACAAAGAGGUGAACUGGCAUAUAGAAGUGAUUAAUUGUUUACUGAAUCAUGGUGCCGAUGUUAAUAAACUUUCUGACGAGGGAUGUUCGGCUCUCUCUGCAGGCUGUAUUUUCUUCUACCCUAUCGAAAGUUUCCGCUUUAAUAUAGCUGAAAGAUAUUUAGAAGUGCCUAAAGACUUAAAAACAAAACAAAAGGAGGAAAAAUCAAAAUUGUCCCAACAAGAACAACAACAACAACAAACUCAGCAACAUAACCAGUCUAGUCAGGGGCAGAUAACUCCAAAAAGUAUUCUUAGCAAAAAGCAGACGGGUAAUCGUAAAGGAUCAAAUUUACAGAAAACUGACAGUCAGGGUAGUGAGACACAGACAGAACAUUCUGGUCCACCUGGUUUGGAAAAAAGUAUUACAAAUAUGCCGAACCUGCAAAACAACACGGAGAAAGGAGGGUUAUCACCACUACAUAUUGCCAGUGCUAUACCCGGAGAGGAGGGUGUGCUGAUUACUGAGCUGCUUCUGAAAGCUGGGGCUGACCCUGAUGUGAGGGCCGAGGAGGAUGACUCCUUCCUUAACAGAAACCUUAUGAAAGAAUGGAGCAAGGAUCCAAUACAUCCAGACAGUCAGGAGUUGCUUGGGGGACGUACACCUUUACAUAUUGCUUGUGCUAGAGAUGAUAAUUAUAAGGUAAGAACCUGUUUACAUGGAGACAAGUAUAAUGUCACAUUGAUGUACAUGCAGUACAUUAACACACAUUGCAACUACAGAAAGUUCUGGGGAAGAUUUUGUGAUAUACAUGUACAUGUAUCCAUACAUGCUAUAGAUGAACUGUUGGUAAUUUCAUAUAUUGUGUUACAGGCUAUAGAUGAACUGUUGGUAAUUUCAUACAUUGUGUCUUUACAGGCUAUAGAUGAACUUGUUGGUAAUUUCAAAAAUUCAUACAUUGUGUUACAAGCUAUAGAUGAACUGUUGGCUAUAGAUGAACUGUUGGUAAUUUCAUACAUUGUGUUACAGGCUAUAGAUGAACUGUUGGUAAUUUCAUACAUUGUGUUACAGGCUAUAGAUGAACUGUUGGUAAUUUCAUACAUUGUGUUACAGGCUAUAGAUGAACUGUUGGUAAUUUCAUACAUUGUGUUACAGGCUAUAGAUGAACUGUUGGUAGAGAUUAACUUUUGGUAUACUAGUAGUCUUGUAAAAAUUACCAGAAUACAUCUUAUUGACAAACUGGUGAGAGCAUGUGCCAAUGUUCUAGCACCAAUACCUGUUGGACCAAAGAGGAAUAUGGGUACAGUGGUCGACUAUGCCUACUAUAUGUUUUAUCAGGAUACACAUAUUGCUAAGACUCCCUACCAUGCACUGACUCACGCAGAGAGGGAGACGUUUAUCAAUCGUCGUAAACUUCUCGAACAUAUAGGUGACAUACUGAGAACCAAAGCUGUGGAUAGAGAGAAAAGAAGACUGGAUGAAGAACAGAGAGGAGGAAUCCGAAGUGCAAGUCCUAGUAGUGGAUUUGUUUAUAUUGGGGCCGGUGCCCAGCUUCCACCAGAUGCCAAAAAGCCAAAAUUUCUGCGAAAUCAGCCGACUGCAACAGGAGAUGCCCCCAUGGUAAAGUUUGAGGGACCACAUGGGGGCUCCACUCCCUAUGAUAUGGGAGAUGCAGAUAGUGUGAAAGGACCCCGAAAUUCUGUGAUAAAUAGCAACGUGUAUUGCAUGACAUUGACUGAUUACAGUCGACAUGUGAAGAAUAACCCCACACAGCAUGUUAGAUUCCAAAAGAGGUCACAGGUCAAACCAAGGAAACCAUUGUUCAAAUAUUGUUACCAGUGUGGUCGCUCGGUGUUUGUCCGUCUGUCUGCAUGUACACGAUGCAAGGAGGUAUACUACUGUAGCAAGGUGUGUAAGCUGAAAGCCUGGAACCUUCGACAUAAGGAAGAAUGUAUCAGGGUUGGAGGGAGGUCAAGAAGCCCGAGUCCAACUUCUCGACGUCAGCGAGGUGAGAGCCCGACACCCGCCACCAAUCCUGAUAAGGGAAAGAAAACAACAGUGUCUGAACUGAGCAAAGAUAAGCAGGCUGUGAGAAUACAUUCUGGAGUAUCUUCAGAGAAGAACAGUCAAAUCCUGAGCAGAGAAAACUCUGCCCGAGCCCCAUCAAGUCGUGUGACCUCUGCCCGAGCCCCAUCAAGUCGUGUGACCUCAGGAAGGGCAUUGUCAAGCCGGGGACCGACCGGGUAUCCCAGGUCACUCUACGACUCUUCUAGAGGCUCAGAAAGAAGUGUUUCAGUAAAAAAUGGGCAGGUGCCACGUAAAGGUAUAACUCUCAGUGCCAAAUUCGGGAAGAGUGGAGGUGAGCACGAGUGGAGCACAGAAGAUGGCCGAUAUAUUGACAACUACAGCUUUGAAUAAGAAGUAUAUACAAAAAAUUGACUCGUGUAAAACAAUGCUGAAGAUACCGGUUGGACUGGUUAAUUUACUCUAAAACUUUACCAGUUGUUAAACUGUCCCCUGGUUGAACUUUAAAAGAUAUUUCUGUACUCUUUACAUCACUGGUAGAAAUGGCAAAGAAAAUGUUCAAAGGCACUAUAACCUACUGUUUUAAUUGUAUUUUUGCACAUUUUCAUCAACCUUUGACAUGCCAACUAAGGACCAUACUUGUCCUCAAUUUUAGAGGAACUGUACUGACAUAGCUAUCAAAAACUGAAUUAGCCAUAGAAUGUUUAAUUAGCCACAGAAUGUUUAAUUAGCCACAGAAUGUUUAAUUAGCCACAGAAUUUUUAAAUAGCCACUGAAUGUUAAAUUAGCCGUAGAAUGUUGUCUUUUAUAAUGUAAAGAAGAGUGAUCUUUUCCCUUUAUCAGUAUCUUUUAAACAUCAAGAUAUUUAUGGAAGAGGGCUUUUAGAGAUUUGCUUUAUUUAUUUUAUAGAUCAAUAAUUAAUCUUGGUUGUGUAAUUUUCUACUUGCAUUAGAUGUCAAAGUUAAUUGAUUAUUGUGCAGAUGUAUUAAAACUAUUCCCAUCCCAAAAAGAAAUUGUGAGUUGGAUGGAAAUAUGUAAAAGCUCACUGCAUUUAAAGAACAACUUACUUAACAUUAUAAAAUAUUGGACAUUUUAAUUGUAUUAUAAAAUGAACAAAAUUUAAUAUAGAGGCUGAGAGAUUUGCAGAAAACCUACAUGGUACUCCUGUGUGUAAAUAACCCUAUCACAAUUAAUAACAUCAGUUGAAAAUUGUGUGAAAAAUUAUUGAGUUGCUGCUGCAUAUAAAUCUAGACAGUUUAAACUUUAGAUUUGUGUAAUACAAGUUCAUUUGGGAUGUGUAUGGCUAUAAACUGUAAGAAAACUAGUGUCCUAAAUUUUGACAUUUUAGGUGCUUACAGAAAUCCUGAGAGUAAUUCUACACCUCAUAGCAAUUGAUGUACACAGACAUGUAGGGCAUCUCAACCUCUGUAAUUCAAAAAUGUGGAUUUUAUGUCAAAAUUUUGUAAAUUUUAUGUAAAAUAUAAUUCAGGUAUUGUGAGUUCAUUGUAAAACUACAGAGACAAGCUUUUCUAUUUAUUCACUUUUAUAUUUAACACCAGGUCCUGAUAUAUAGUGCCUUCUUGCUGUAACUGCUGAAUUUGAAUAGAAUAAUCUUGUUUGUGGCUUAAUGUUUUCUUGAAUUCUUAUGCGUUAUUUUUGAUACAGUAUUUUAUUUUGAUUUUGUGCCUUGAAUAAGUGUUAUACAUGCAUAAUUAAAAGAUAUAAUUAUACAUUUGUGCAUUUUAUAUUGUGUUAUAGACAAAGUAUUUAUUUUUUAUUUUAGAGGUUAUAUAUACAUGGUGUGCCUUGUUGUAUUUUAUGUUUAGCGCAUAAUCCUGGUCAGGUUGAUUGCUUGUUUUCUAUUUUAUAUUUUCUGUGAUAUUUUAGUAUGUUUACAGUAUUCCAAUUUUGUUAUCAUAUCUGUAUCUUUAUAAUCAAAUUAUGUAAUAUUUAACCAAAACUAUAUGUGUAAAUCUAUAUUGUAAUUGUGUUAAAAUUUUAGAGAAACUGGAUUUUUAUGGAUAAAAUCUCGUCCAACAAAUUAAAUUUCCAUUUAUUCUGGACUUUACAAAUUCUGAAAUCCCCAUAAAAUACCUGCUGUGAUAAAAACCACAAAAUAGGCAAAAAAAAUAAUGAAAUUAUAUCACAGUAUAAACAUUGACUUACAAAAAAGUUUGUAGACAAAUGAGAAAUGAACUUUUUCAUCAAAAUGAAGGCCCAAAUAAUUUGUACUAAGUGUCCAUUCAAAAUAAAACUUUUCUCUUACCAGUUGAUUAUAGUCAUAAAAUAACUUGUCUUCAAAAUGGAUUAUAUCUGGUCUAGUAAAAAAACAACAAAUACCAAAUGCCAUGCUUAACUUUCCAAUUAUUCUACAUGUCUCCAGACUCUUGGAAGGCAAAAACAAUUGCAGUUUGUAAAUUUCAUUAUUUAGGUAAAGUAACUCCGGUUUUAUAAUUAUGAAAUGUUAUCAAACACGAUACUGUUACGUUCACACAAAAACGUGCUGUGAAAUUUAAUAUCUGGUUUGUUUACACAUAUUUAGUCCGUCUUUCAUCUUACUUUUACAUAAAAACAGAAGAGAAACUUGAAAACAAUAUAGAAAUGGCUACCAAACUAAUUACUUUAUGUGGAUAUGAGUUACUGAGUACUACUUGUAUGAAUUUUUCAGUUAAAAUGUAGCACAUUAUGUUUAUAAAAGGAGAUAUUUUUCUGUAUUGCUUAUAAUGUUUACUUUUUUACAAGGAUAAAUAGAGGUAUAAGGUUAUAUAAGAUCACCAAGAAGUAGUAGGAGUGAGCAGGGUUUAUUUCUGCAUUUAUUGUAUCAUAAAUGGCAUAAAUUAUUCCUUUAUUUUUACAUUUAAAUUUAAUAUGUUUAAAUAUUUAAUCCUGAAUUGUAAUAGAAGAGUGGAGGAGUUAAGAGUUGUUUUGAGAAAAAAUGCCAAAUAUGUUUGCCAAGCUUUGCAUUAGUUUUACGUGCUAUAGGGGCAGUGUGAUACUUGAAACCUUUUCACUAAUUUGAACCAGUUUCUCUUAUUUUAGAGUUAUCUUUGAAUUACUAUUAUACUUUGUAAAUGCACAGUUGAUUCACUUUGUAUGUAUACUUGAAUACUGAAUAAAUUAUUACUGCUUGUAGGGUA